UGACGUAUAAUCUAGUGGACGGUUCUUCAUAAACAGCUCGUCAACCACCUCGGUAGCUUGCUAGCCAACAUAGCCGAAAGAUUAAAGCUAUUUAUACGCUUUCCGUGUAUAUUACCUACUGUGUUUUCGACACACUUAGGUCGUAUCUACUUGUUAACCUAUUUAAUAUUACGUUAUUUUGUAUUAGUCAGCUAUAGUAGCUGGCUGGUUAAAUUAGCACUAGCCUAUUCGCUAAUGAUAGCUAGCUAACAUCCCCGACCAUGAGGUCAGUAAGCUUCUCCCCUCUUGUUAAAGAAGAGGUCUGCUGGACGGAGAAAGAAGCUCUGGGGCUGAACAUUGUCGUGAAAGAGGAGAAGGAAGAAGAGGAAGUCACAGUUAAAAAAGAAGAGAAAGACGUUUCAGUGAAAGAAGAGGAAGACGCGUUCAGAGUGAAAGAGGAGGAGGAGGAUGUUACAGUGAAAGAAGAGGAGGAAGAGAAAGAGGAGGAUGCAGUUUUUGGAGUGAAGAAGGAAAGGGAGAUUACUGUCACAUUGAAAGAUGAAGAGGAGGAGAUAGGAGAUCUGAUUAACACCAGAGAGAGACGGGACUAUCGUGGAUCCUCUGGGGAGUCUCAACAACAUCAUGAUGCUGACGAGGCAGAGAAGAGUCUCUUCACAUCAGAACUCAAGAAACACCAGCAGAGAUCCACAGGGAAGACAUCUCAUUGCUGCUCUGACUGUGGGAAAGGUUGCAAAUCUUCAUCGGAACUUAUAAUACACCAGCAAGUACACACAGGAGAGAAGCCUUAUAGCUGUGAUCAAUGUGGGAAGAGUUUUACUCAGUCACGCUCCCUGAAAUCCCACCAUAGAACACACACUGGAGAGAAACCUUUUGGCUGUUAUCAAUGUGGGAGGAGUUUUACUCAUCUAAGCAACCUGAUAGUACACCGGCGGGGACACACAGGAGAGAAACCAUAUAGCUGUGAUCACUGUAGGAAGAGUUUUACUACAUCUGGUAAUCUAACUAUACACCAGAGAACACACACAGGAGAGAAACCUUAUAGCUGUGAUCACUGUAGGAAGAGUUUUACUACAUCUGGUAAUCUAACUAUACACCAGAGAACACACACAGGAGAGAAAUCUUAUAGCUGUGAUCAAUGUGGGAAGAGUUUUGCUAUAUCUAGCCAUCUGACUGCACACCAGAGAACACACACAGGAGAGAAAUCUUAUGGCUGUGAUCAAUGUGGGAAGAGUUUUACUCAUCUAAGCAACCUGAUAGUACACCGACGGGGACACACAGGAGAGAAACCAUAUAGCUGUGAUCACUGUAGGAAGAGUUUUACUACAUCUGGCUAUCUAACUAUACACCAGAGAACACACACAGGAGAGAAACCUUAUAGCUGUGAUCAAUGUGGGAAGAGUUUUACUCAGCUAUGCAGCCUGACAGGACACCGGAGAACUCACACAGGAGAGAAACCUUAUGGCUGUGAUCAAUGUGGGGAAAGUUUUACUUCAUCUAGUUAUCUGACUAUACACCAGAGAACUCACACAGGAGAGAAACCUUAUGGCUGUGAUCAAUGUGGGAAGAGUUUUUCUACUUCUGGCCAUCUGACAGUGCACCAGAGAACACACACAGGAGAGAAACCUUAUGGCUGUGAUCAAUGUGGGAAGAGUUUUACUGCAUCUAGCAAUCUGACUAGACACCAGAGAACACACACAGGAGAUAAACCUUAUGGCUGUGAUCAAUGUGGCAAGAGUUUUAUUCAGCUACAAACCCUGAAAUCACACCGGAGAACUCACACAGGAGAGAAACCUUAUAGCUGUGGUCAAUGUGGGAAGAGUUUUACUACAUCUGGCUCUCUGACUCUACACCAGAGAAUACACACAGGAGAGAAACCUUAUAGCUGUGAUCAAUGUGGGAAGAGUUUUCUUUCAUCUGGUCGUCUGACAAUACACCAGGGAACACACACAGGAGAGAAACCUUACAGCUGUGAUUAGUGUGGGAAGAGUUUUACUACAUCUAGCUAUUUGACUAUACACCAGAGAGCACACACAGGAGGGAAACCUUUUAUCUGUGAUCAAUGUGACAAGAGAUACUCUGAUAAAAGAUAUCUGAUCAAACAUCAGAAAAUACAUACAUGAAGCAGUUGUUUCAUGAUAUCAAUGAAAUAAUGUCACAAUGUAGAAUGUUUUAACAUUGUAGUAGGAGUAUUUUAAUGAUGUCACAAUGUAGAAUGUUUUAACAUUGUAGUAGGAGUAUUUUAAUGAUGUCACAAUGUAGAAUGUUUUAACAUUGUAGUAGGAGUAUUUUAAUGAUGUCACAAUGUAGAACCCUAAACGUUUGUCCCCUGUUCUAUUGAUUUCAACAUGAUAUGGAUAUUAGCCUCAGGGGGGAAAUCCAGGCUCUGAAUUGAAAGAGUAUUAUUUAUGAGAUUUAUCAAAAAGUGACUAACAAAAAAGAGCUGUGUUACACUUACCAUGUUGGUGACCCACUGGAAUCAAAAUGCAACAUUUCAAACUGUUUCUGCAUAUUGGUUAUUGAUUUGGACACGUUAAAACUGUGUUUUGACAUUGCACUAUUCCCAUUUAUCAAAAUGUCAUUCAAAAGACGUUGAAAAUAAGACUAUGCCUGACGUCCAAUAUAUGUUCUGUCCAGUAUAUGUUCUGUUCAGUAUAUGUUCUGUCCAGUAUAUGUUCUGUCCAGUAUAUGUUCUGUCCAGUAUAUGUUUCGUUGUAGUUGAAAGUGAAAGUUGAAAGAUGUCUUUUCGGGUGGUUGAUUUUUUUCAAUGACUUAAACUGCUUAAUUUCAACGUACUUGCAGCCGAUACACCUAUAAUCAAUUUUUAUUAACAAUCUGACAUCACUCCAGUAUUUCUUUACAACAUUCAAAUGCUAAUUGUCUUUAUUCCACUACUGAAGAAGCAUGACCCAAAUCACCUCAUAUAUUUCAAACAUUCAGCCUGACGAAAUAUAUAUGUUUUAUUAUUCCAUGCCUCACCAUUAAGUGAAGUAUUGCCAAUACAUAUUAACAAAGGGGUGAACAUUUGGUUUUGAUAUUUCAUAUUAUGUAACAUUUAGUAAUCAUAGUUAUUCAUGCAACCAACUUGACAUUUUUGGGUACAUUUAUAUUGACAUUGUUACCCUGCUUUUAUAUCCAACAACAUGCCUAUCUAGUGAACCCUGAAAAGAGAGAGAAGCUCCGCAGUGAGGUGUAAAGUUACUACGGAUAUCGCAGGAGUUUCCUCUUGAAAUCAGACAUGUCCGUGGUAAGGACAACUUGGUUGCUGAUUAUCUCAAGGGUGGGCAGUCAAAUAGAUUUGUGUUUUGCAUUUAGCCAGUGAGUUACCAUGAUCACAAUUUAUUUUGACACGUUUUUCCCGUGUUGGAGAUUAGUUUUAUCUCUUAUUCUUUUCUGUGUUUUUUUUGAAACGGCACUGUUAAGGGCUCGUAAGUAAGAGUUCCAGUGUUGUAUCCGGCGCAUGUGACUAAUCCUAUUUGAUUUGAGUUUUGUUUGGGCUCGUUCCAAGGGGACGAGAGUUCUAGAAGCUAGUGGGUUUUAGGAAGACGACAGUUCUAGAAGCUAGUGAGUUUUAGGAAGACGAGAGUUCUAGAAGCUAGUGAGUUUUAGGAAGACGACAGUUCUAGAAGCUAGUGAGUUUUAGGAAGACGAGAGUUCUAGAAGCUAGUGGGUUUUAGAAGAUAGUGGGUUUUAGGAAGACGAGAGUUCUAGAAGCUAGUGGGUUUUAGGAAGAUGAGAGUUCUAGAAGCUAGUGAGUUUUAGGAUUCUAUAGAAAGAAAAAGUAGAAAAAAAUAAUACGAUUGUAUAUUAUUAUUUAGAAAUAUGUGUUUUUUCUUGUUUUUAAAUGUUGACAGCCAGUAGACACCAUGUUUAUAUUGGUGAAGGUGAAGCAUUGUAGAUUAUGUGAAAUGGAAGUUUUGGUUUGUCUGAAUGAAUGAUCUGAAUAAUUGGCUAUAUAUAUCACCUUUUGUUGCGCUACCGUUUUGGUUUGCUUCCUGUCUUUAAGUUUGUUGUGGGUUUUUCUUUCGUUUGCCUCUUCUUGGGCAGAUUUAGUGGGUCUCAUGGUGGGUGUCUUUUAUGUCCCAGUUGUUGUUACUAGUCAACUUUCAGUGGACACCCCCAUAGUGUCUUUCAGAGCCCCUCCUAAAAAACAAGCUUAUAUUUUGGGUUGGAUAUUUUAACAUUUUAAUCAAUGGCAUUUCCUUAGGAUGCUCAUUAGUCUUUAAGUUGUGAUUAUUAUUUUUUUUAAUCCUCUUAUGUUUGUGUACUAAAUAUUUCACUUUUUUCCUGUGAAGCCAUUGUGUUGCAUCCAUGUCUGAAAUGUGCUGUAUAAAUAAAGCUUGAUUUGAUUUGAA